GAUAGGCGUACUCCAGCCAUCGACUACUAUAUAUAGGAGCCCGCAGGCACUGACUCAUCACUCCUUCCCUGUGGGCGUUCUUCCGACCUAAGUGGAUCACUCGAAAGCAAAUAACACAUCAGGAAUCUCGUACGAAACCCUAGAUGGUAGCGUUUCAUAUUGCGUCAUCCCUAGAUCGUAGCGUUUGAUAUUGUGUGAUCCAAUUGUAUACAUAUACUCUCUACUUUUGUCAUCGUUCUUGUUGUUAUUGCUAUUGUUUCCAAAUAAACAGUUCAUUGCUCGUCACUAUUCUUUGGUUGAACCAAAACCCUAAGCGUUAAGUCAGUCUUAAUCAAGUAAAUCAACGAAUCAUCUUGUGGAGCAUGACGGAUGCGCAGAUAGUUAAACGUGCUAAGUACAAAUCUUCUGUUAAAGACCCUGGCGUCCGUGGCAUAUUGAAAAUGACCAGGGAGAGAUUUGUUUUCAUGCCUAACGAUCCAUCGUUGCCCAUCAGGCUUAAUGUAGAAUUUAGACUUAUAAAAGGCAAGUAAAAUUACCGUUUGAUUGCAGACCGUUGGUCAAAUAAAAAGAAAUGUAGUUUCUCAUUGAUCUUUCUUGGUCAUUUUCCUUUCAUUAGUGCAUUGUAUUAUAACUAAAUAAAGAUGUUGAUUGCUUUCCAUCUUUCUCUUUUGUCUUUUUUAAGGACACAAAUCCAGCAAGGAGGGUUCAAACAGACCUGCCUUACUUAAUCUUACUCAAGAUCAGCCAAAGCUAUUACAUCUUCUGGGGAAGUUGGAGGACCUACCUCUGAAAAGGCUGUUCCACUCAAGGAUGAACAACUUAGCUCAGCAGAAAUGGAGCGUCGAAUUAAGUUACUUCAAGAGGACAGUGAGUUGCAGAAGCUUCAUAAGCAAUUUGUGAUUGGAGGUGUGCUGUCAGAGACCGAAUUUUGGGCUACAAGAAAGAAGUUGCUAGAUGUGAGUGCCAGCAGAAAAGCAAAACAACGGGUGGGGUUAAAAAGUGACAUGAUUUUCAAUGUGAAACCAUCAUCUGAUGGUCAGUCGAACAGAGUCACAUUUAACUUGACGCCGGAGAUGAUUCACCAGAUUUUUGCUGAAAAACCAGCAGUACGGCAGGCAUAUCUGAAUUUUGUACCUAACAAGAUGACAGAGAAGGACUUUUGGACUAAAUAUUGGAGAGCACAAUACCUCCACAGUACGAAAAAUAUUGUUGCUGCUGCUGCAGAGGCUGCCGAAGAUGAGGAGCUAGCAGUUUUCUUAAAGCAAGAUGCCAUAUUGGCUAGUGAAACUCGGCAGAAGAUUAGAAAGGUAGAUCCCACCUUGGACAUGGAGGCUGAUGAAGGGGAUGAUUACACACAUAUUCCGGGUCAUGGCCUAGCUACUGAGAGCACCAAGGAUGAAAUGGAAGCACAAUAUGAGCCAUAUAAAAGAUCUUUCUUGCAAGACAUUAACCGGCAUGCUGCAGUUGUUCUUGAAGGAAGAACCGUAGACGUUGAGACAGGAGAUACAAGGUCUGUAGCUGAAGCACUUGCUAGUUCAAAACGCAUUGAGUUGGCUAAAGAAGCUUCUGAUGGCAAUGUAUAUCAAGAACGGUUAGAUAGGAUAACUCGAAUGGCUGAGAUUGAGGACCUACAAGCACCACGUGAUCCUCCAGUUGCACCACUUUGUAUAAAGGAUCCUCGAGAUUACUUCGAUUCUCAACAAGUUCAGUUAGGUGGAACGAGACAGGUGAAAUCUAGGCUGAGCACCUCUGAAGCUUAUGGUUCUUUAAGGGUGUUCAUCUCGGAGAUUAGAAACAUAGGUUUGAAUGAUCCUAUAGUUAAACCUGAAGUGGCCAUAAAGGUUUUCAACGUAUUGACCCAGAAUAUAUCGAGCUCCAAGUAUCAACUUGGCAAAAACCCACAUGAGAGCAUAUUGGAUACGUUGCCAAGUGUUACAAAGGAGGAGCUUUUGCUUCAUUGGACGUCAAUUCAGGAAUUAUUAAAGCAUUUCUGGUCUUCGUAUCCCAUUACAACUUCAUACCUUUAUGCCAAGGUGAGCCGGCUGAAGGAUGCCAUGUCGCAAAUCUACCCAAAACUACAGGAGAUCAAAGAAUCUGUGCAGUCAGAUUCCAGGCAUCAAGUUUCCCUCCUUGUUCAACCAAUGUUACAGGCUUUAGAUGCUGCGUUUGCACACUACGAUCUAGAUCAACAGAAGAGAUCUGCAAAGAGCGGUGAGAAACCGAAUGGAUAUGCCUGAGUCUAUUAAGAUUUGAUUACUGUACAUUGAAGAAAAUUUUGCUGUGUUGGUCUAAAAGACCCUUUUUUCAUAUCAUUCCAUUCCAUUUGUAAAGACACCAUAUAAAUCAUGUCAUGGGCUGAAUUCUGUUUAUUUGGAAGAAAAGCUUUGUUU